AUGGAUAGCAAUGAAGAAGGCAUGUUUGUAUCUAAAUUCGUUAUCAAUGAACAGAUUUUGUAUUCAAAAAUUAGCUGUAAUCCUAAUGAAGAGGAUUUGCUUAAGAUUGAAAUUUUUAGCUACGAUCAAAGUUGGUCUGGACAUUUUUCUCGUGAAUCAGCCAAGACAUUUGGAGACAGAUUAGACGAAUCUGAAGAGGAAUAUUUUAAGAAUGUAAUAAUUGCUUUAAAAGGAAUAGAAGGCACUUAUGUUUUAGAUUUCACACCAGAGAAAGAGAAAGAUUUAUCAAAAUUUGUUUGGAAAAGGAUAAUUCCUAAAGAGUAUUCAAAACAUGGAUUUGUAGAACAUGGGCAUGUAAUGCUAAAAAAAAAUAUACCUGUAAUAACAAAGAACACAAUCAUAGAUUAUUUGAUGUUUCAAAAUGAAACACUGCAAUGUACAAUAGAAGACUAUAAAGAUAAUUAUGAAGCACUAAACAUUGAAUUGGUAAAAUGCAAAAAGGAACUUGAAAAUCUGGUAGUUAUAAAAAAUUUAAUAGAAACAAAUUUAUAUGGAAAAUUUGUGCAGGUUUUGAACUCAAAGAAAAAAAGAAUAAAAUUACUUGAAAGUCAGCUAGAUAAUAAUGAGAAAAAUGGUCAAUGUAUUGAUGAUGAAAAUGAGGAAGAC